AAUCUCGCAAAACUAGCCGUUGAGCCGUCGCCCGUCGACCUUUCUCUACUCGGAAUAGAAAAAGAAAAAAAAAGUUGAAAUAAAAACACACCCCCUCCAACGGUCGAAAAAAAAAACCCAAUCAAAUUUCGAAUAUAUAGCUUCUUUCCUCUAACAUACAUAUUCACAAACCCUCUCUCUCUCUCUCUCUCUCUCUCUCUCUCUAAGAGUCAAAGGAGAAGAGAAGAAGCAAAGAGGAGAGAACCAAAAAGAAAAUGGCGAGAGAGAACCAAGAAGGCCGCGGAAACACUCCGUCCGCCACCGCCACCGUCGCCAAUGCUGCUGCGCAUCGAUCGGGCAGUGCAGCUGCCGCUGCUGCGAAACAGCCGCUCAAUGCUGCGAAGGGCGCCGACGGGCAGUCGGUGCUGAAGAGGCUGCAGUCAGAGCUGAUGGCACUGAUGAUGUGUGGGGACCCAGGGAUCUCAGCAUUCCCCGAGGGGGACAACAUCUUCAGCUGGAAAGGGACCAUCGACGGCGGCGCCGGCACGGUCUACGAGGGCAUGGUCUACAAGCUCUCCCUGUGCUUCCCCAGUGACUACCCCUUCAAGGCCCCCAAGGUCAAGUUUGAGAGCCCCUGCUUCCACCCAAAUGUGGACUUGUGCGGCAACAUCUGCUUAGACAUCCUCCAGGACAAAUGGUCAUCUGCAUAUGAUGUGAGAACCAUCCUUCUGUCAGUCCAGAGUCUUUUGGGAGAGCCAAACAAUGAUUCUCCACUCAACACACAAGCUGCAGCAAUGUGGGCAAAUCAGGAAGGUGUGUCUCAUGUGAUCAUUUACACUUUUGGUCCUCAGACAAACUAUAAUUCGCUGUAGUUUCUGGCUCGAACUUUCUGAAUUGUUGCAAUCAAGCCUAGUAAUCUCCUCUUUUUGACUAAAUGUCAAUGAAUUACUAAUAUAGAAGUGAUAUAGUAAUAUCGUAAUAGAUGAUGAUGCUACACCAUUUAUAAAUUACUAAUUCAUCAAUAUAUAGUCAAAAAAAUUGGGUUGUAGGAUUUACUUGGAAUAAUUUAAAAAGUUCGAGUAAGAAAUUACAACGGCUUAAAGUUUGAGGACCGAAGUAUCUCACACACCCUCAUAGUUUGAGGACCAAAACUGCAAUUUAUCCAAAUCUGAAUAACAUCUAGACAUUUCACUAAUUUUUCACCUGUUUCUCUUUUGCAGAGUUUAGGAAAAUGGUGGAGAAGCACUACAAACUUGCUUCUUAAUCCACACAAAGUUUGUGGCAAAAAAAAUUGUCCCAUACAUUUUUUCUUUUCUUUUUUUUUUUUUUUUAAGCUAAAAGGAAGAGAGAGAUGUGUCACCUCCAUUCUUAUGUUGCUGCACUUCGAGAAACUUCUUGGCCCCAUUUGAGCAAUAUUUAGUUUUACAUUCUUUGGUGUGGUUGUCAUUUUUGUUUGCAUUUCUUAUGUGGAAUUUAAUUUGUUUUUCA